UAGGCAACCUAAAAAUACACUUGGAGCGAUCGAAAAACGUAGUGUACAUCCACGCACGUCCACGCACAUGCGCCAGCACGCGCAGCCAGUCGUCCUCCAGAGGUGCCGCGGCAGCUAACGUUCCACAGCACCGAUUCUCUCUAUGUGCUGUCACAGUGCAGACAGCGGUUGUAAACAUGGCGACGGACGGGAUGGUGCUCACCAACCACGACCAUCAGACCCGAGUGGGAAUUCUGACAGUCAGUGACAGUUGUUUCAAGAACUUGGCUGAGGACAGAAGUGGGGUCAACUUGAAGGACCUGGUCCAUGAUCCGUCAUUGUUAGGUGGGGUGAUCGCUGCCUAUAAAAUUGUUCCAGAUGAGAUUGAUGAAAUCAAGGAAACACUUUUGGAAUGGUGCGAUGACCAGGAGCUUAAUCUCAUUCUUACAACAGGAGGCACGGGAUUUGCACCGCGAGAUGUUACGCCAGAGGCCACCAGAGAAGUGAUUGAGAGGGAAGCUCCAGGCAUGGCUCUGGCAAUGCUAAUGGGUUCUCUGAACGUUACACCGCUGGGGAUGUUGUCUAGGCCUGUGUGUGGUAUCCGUGGUAAAACUCUGAUCAUCAACCUACCAGGGAGCAAGAAGGGCUCUCAGGAGUGUUUUCAAUUUAUCCUUCCUGCUUUGCCUCACGCCAUCGACCUGCUGCGCGAGGCGACUGUUAGGGUUAAAUCUGUACAUGCCGCACUAGAGCAACUGCCUUCUCCUUCUUCUCUGCUAUCCAACGCACACACCAACGCGCAUGCCCACUCGCAUACUAUGGAGCGCGGCACACAGUGUGAGGAAGAAGACGAUGAGGAGGAAGACCGGCGGAGAGGUCGACAUGCACACCACCACCACCACCACCAUCAUCAUCACCAGCACGGCUCCUCCCACAUUACCGCAGCUGCUAUCGCUGCAAAGACCAGCCAUGUCGUGGUCAUGGCAAAGGGCGCUCCCUAUCUUCCCGGCAACACGCCAGCCCCUCCUACUCAUUUCACUUGCUCCUGUACCCAUGAUCAGCAGAUUCCAGACUCAAUCAUUUCUCGAGGUGUUCAGGUGCUUCCUCGAGACUCUGCCUCUUUGAGCUCCACUCCUUCAGAGUCACCACGGGCAACACAGGCAACUUCCCGCCUUUCCACUGCAUCAUGCCCAACACCUAAGGUCCAAUCCCGAUGUGGAAGUAACGAGAACAUCCUGAGGGCAAGCCACAGUGCAGUUGACAUUAGUAAAGUGGCACGACGUCAUCGGAUGUCCCCAUUUCCACUGACGUCAAUGGACAAAGCCUUCAUCACUGUUUUAGAGAUGACUCCUAUUCUGGGAAUUGAAGUCAUUAACUACAGAGACGGAUUGGGUCGAGUGCUCGCUCAGGACAUCUAUGCCAAAGACAACCUUCCUCCAUUUCCCGCCUCAGUUAAAGAUGGCUAUGCUGUAAGAGCUGCUGAUGGUCCAGGAGAUCGCUUCAUCAUGGGAGAGUCACAGGCUGGGCAGCAGCCCACCCACACAGUGAUGCCAGGCCAGGUGAUGAGGGUGACCACCGGCGCUCCCAUUCCUUGUGGCGCUGACGCAGUAGUACAAGUGGAAGAUACAGAACUCUUGAGGGAGUCUGAAGAUGGAACAGAAGAGUUAGAAGUGAGGAUUAUGGUGCAGGCUCGACCUGGACAGGAUAUCAGGCCAAUAGGUCAUGACAUCAGACGAGGAGAGUGCGUGUUAGCUAAAGGAACGCACAUGGGCCCAUCAGAGAUUGGUCUUCUGGCUACAGUUGGAGUGACUGAUGUCAGUGUGCACAAGUUCCCAGUGGUGGCCGUCAUGUCCACUGGAAAUGAGUUAUUGAAUCCAGAGGAUGACCUCCACCCAGGGAAGAUCAGAGAUUCCAACCGCUCGACUCUGCUUGCAACUAUCCAGGAACAUGGUUAUCCCACCAUCAACCUGGGCAUUGUUGGAGACAAUCCUGAUGACCUGCUGUCAGCUCUCCAUGAGGGAAUCAGUCGUGCUGAUGUCAUUAUAACCUCAGGGGGCGUGUCCAUGGGAGAGAAGGACUUCCUGAAGCAAGUGCUGGACAUUGACCUUCAUGCUCAGAUUCACUUUGGACGUGUGUUCAUGAAGCCAGGUCUUCCUACUACCUUUGCCACCGUUGACAUUGAUGGAGCACGGAAACUCAUAUUUGCUCUGCCAGGCAACCCAGUGUCAGCAGUGGUCACAUGUAAUCUCUUUGUGAUUCCUGCACUGAGGAAAAUGCAAGGCAUUUUGGACCCCAGACCCACAAUUAUUAAAGCAAGGCUUUCAUGUGAUGUGAAGCUGGAUCCUCGGCCAGAGUACCAUCGUUGCAUUCUCACCUGGCAUCACCAGGAGCCACUGCCCUGGGCUCAAAGCACAGGUAACCAAGUGUCCAGCAGGCUAAUGUCAAUGCGUAGUGCCAACGGCCUGCUGAUGUUACCUCCUAAAACAGAGCAGUAUGUGGAACUGCACAAGGGAGAAGUUGUAGACGUCAUGGUCAUCGGACGGCUAUGAUGCAGAUUUCAGUCACUCAAGACAAAUACAUUGAUGGUGCUGGGACUUCCUGUAUGGACAGAAAAAAAAAAUGGGUGGGGGCAUCUGCUAGCUGUGAUGUCAUAUGCAACAGCCAAGUGGAACCAGCAGAGGCUGAAUCCUCAAAGGUCUGCAAUGGGAAGAUUAAAAAGAAAAAAGUGAAAAAAUAUAUAAAAAUGAAAUUUAUUCUGUAAUAUUAUAUAAUUCUCCUGAUUCUAAUGAUUAUUAAUAUUCGUACUUCAUAUUAUAUUAUUAUGGUUCUGAUUGAAUAUCAUCAUUAUAGUAGUAAUCACGUUCUUGUCUCAAGUUCAUUUGCUUUGUGCAUUCAGCCUUUUUCCUUAGUAGAUAUUUAGAAUGACUCUUUCCUCUGCUUCUGCCAUGCACCUUUGACCCCUUUACCUUUUGUCUUCAUUUUGCUCUUACAUCCUCCAUCCAGAUAUCUAGACCUUCUCAAAACCCACUUUAUAGAAUCACAAAAAUCUGCCUCUGCAAAUGACUGAACAUCCUUCCCCUGACUUUGUUUUAUCAAUGUAUUAGAAAAUAAAAACAACCGUGCAUUUUAUUGCACAGUAAAGCUAAUCAUUAGCAAAGAUUCACAAUACUUGAAUGACAUGUGACAACCAUAAGCAUACCAAAUACAGACCUUAAAAUGAGGUGGUCAUUGGCUCAGUAGUAAUUGGCUCGUGCGUUUGAAAGCAAUUUUAGUCCAGGGCCCCUGCUUGUAGCCUGUGGAAUAUUUUCCGUUUUGAACCAAAAAUCCCCUCAUAUAAGGAGGUGUGGAGUUAUAAACACACUUACUGUGGUUUGCUGGGAAAUGCUAUUAGAGUUCCCGUCCAAAGUUGUCCUUAACCCCAUGAUGCCUGGAUUUAAAAUUAAUAAAAUAUAUACAACAAAAAGUAUUGGGGAAAUACAUAAAUAAUAUUUAAUUAUUUAUAAAUUAAAUGGAAAAUUCUAACUUAAAAAAACCAAAAACAUGUUUUUAAACUGAAAUAAAAAGGAAAUAUAGAAAAUUAUUUUAAAAUAUAAAUAUUUAGAUUUUUUUUUUUAAUUGAAAUGAAAUAUAGAAAAUUAUUUAAAAAAUAUAAAUAGAUAUAUAAAAAAAAGAAAAUAUUUUCUGGGAAAAUUUUAAAAUUAAGUGAAGAACUGAAUAAUUAUUUUAUUUUUUAAAUGUAUUACUUCGUUUUAAUUGCUAUCUUUUUAAAUAUAUUUUUCGUUUUUAAUUUACUUUUAUUUAUUGUUAUCUUGCCCUGAUGAGUACACAGAACCCUGAAAUUUUAACCGAGAAAAGCCCUUUUUUUUCACUAGUAGAGAGACUUGGGGUGGCGAACACACACCUGUGCGCGUCCCCACGGCAGCAGUGCCGUUUCGCCUAGUCUACACAUGGCAAAAACACUUUUCCAACCCACCAAGAAUUACUAUGAACAGUAAACAAUCACAUUUGCUGUUUUUACGUUUUUGGUGCUGAUUUGAUGGGCGACAAGCAUGUGCACCAUGUACAAGCUUAUUAACACAAGCUACAGUUACGCUUUAGGCAGGUGACCGUUGUGAGUAAAAAAAAGUGACAAACUGCAUAUAGAAACUUUACUUUUUUUUUUUUUUUUUUUUUUUUUUUUUUUUUUUUUUUUUUAAGAUACUCCAUAUUUUACUAUUUCAAUAAUACAAUUUUAUGUACUUAUGUAUUCCUCCAAUGCAUAUUUUUUAAAAGUAAAUUCUGGCAUCAACAGGUUAAACUACAGAUGUGUUUACAUGAAGUUGCUCGAUAAAACUUAAGUUGGAAUCAUUACGUUAGUUAGUUGGCAAGAAAUUUUCUUGCUUUUCUGCUGUGGUGUUGUUUUAUUUUUAUUUUUAAUGUGUAGCAGAACAUAGAAGCGACAAACUUAAUUGUGACCUGAACUGCCGCGUCUACAUUUAUAUUUUAUUAUUGGAAAUGAAGGAUAUAGAAUAUAGAAUAUAGAAAGGACAAAAAAAUCACUGUGCUUUUACAAUAUUUGACUAUCCUUUUUAACUCCUUGGCUGCUAUUGACGGUGACAGAUGUGCUGUUUUUACAUUGACUUCACAGGAAGUUUCGCAUAUUAUUACUUACAGCACUCAAAAUCAGGAAACGGUUCAACAACCUUCCCACUGUCAAAAUGGCUUUAUUGUUAUUUCAUAAAUUAACAUUGGCUGCCAUUGAUAGACGUCCAAUCCAUUUUGACUGGAAGGGGAGAAUUUGCCCCUCUGGGUCAAAAUUCAUUGGACAUUUACCACCUUUAAUGGUACUGAAACCUGAUCAUUCAAUGCCAGCCAUCCCAAUUCCCUGUCAAUGGCAGUGAAUGAGUUCAUUUUUGACUUCUUAACUUUGUAAAGGUCAAAUUCUAGAAAUGGCCUAUAGACUUCUGAAUUGAGCAAACAUUUUUAAAAAAUUUAAAAGCCUAAAUUUUUGACAUUUCUUUUAUUGUACCUAAGAUUAGAGAUGAAUAUCAGGGACUUAAAAUGUAUCGUACCCCUCUACAUUUGAAGAUUUUGGUGCCUUGCUCAAUUCCAAUGCUCAGGAAGCAGACUAAUGCAUCUUCAACAACAACCAGUCCCACACCGAAAAAUCUUUAACGGAUUUUGAAAUUUACAGCUCCUUAAAGCGAAUAGCUGUUGUUAUUACAUUUUUGUUUUGGAUUCAAAUCUUCUGCUUCUACUUUUGCUGAGCCUGUAAAUUUCGGCAUUCAUCCACAGAUGCCCUGAUAAAAUGUCAAAUAAACUUGCGGCACUUCAGCAAACAAAAAUUUCACAAAAUGCAAACAAUGAAUUCUGAAGUAAUGAACUUGUCUCAAUUUACUCACAAAUGUAUAUGCUGGUACUUCCUGUAUUGUGAAAUUUAGACUUUUUUGAUUGAGCCCAAACCUAUUCCAAUGGCAACAGGUGUGCUGUACCUUCUGCCAUCUCAUGGAAUAGUAUUUAAUUGUUCUGUCCUUCACUAUCUGUUGCAAAUUAACAAGGACAUAUUCAUCACAUCACAAUUGAUUCUGGGUUUACCCCACCUACAGCCCAUAGUUAGCUGGGAUUGGCUCCAGCACCCCCGUGACCCUCGUGAGGAUAAGCAGCUCGGUAAAUAAAUGAAUAUAAAUUUUCACACAAAUGAAGUAAAAUAGAUAAUUUUCCGUCACACCCUUGAUUAUCCCACAUGGUACCAUGGUUUUGGAUUCACAUGAGUACUUAAUGCUAGCCUGGCUAGUUAGCCCAACUUUCCACAUGUACAAGAUACAUGGCCAAGUCAGUCUGAGGUUUGGACUGGAUUUCAAAAUUGAUGCUUGAGGUGGGCAUUAUUAGCACAGACUGAAUCUGAAAGAACCACUAACAGAAGCAUGGAUGUAUCAUGUGACAUAAACCGAACGCAAUUCACACUGUCGGUUGAGUCAAUUUGUAGUUCUCAAACAAUCACCAUAUCUGCUAUUUUUGUGUGAAAAAUCUAAGAAUACUGUUGCAUUGUAAUGUACAGUGCUUGUUUUUGAAAAGAGAACAAACGCUAAAAGUCCGUUCCAAAGAUUUGUGGAGUUAGGUCUGCCUUAGACCCGGUCUGAUAAGCAAGUUUGAGCGUGCAAAGUUCAGUGUUCUCUCGUGCUUUGAACGAGCAAUAGGACGACGCUGAAAAAAGUACCGAGUCCCCUA